AUGGCGCUCGACAGCGAGAAAGGCCCAGUGCAGGACACUGCUCGUUCUCCUGAGCCGGGGUCGCCAUCCACAGACCUCACUGACGCCGUGGCCGAGCCACCGGUUGUGACUCUGAAAACGUGGAUCGUCUCGUGUAUCCUCUCCUGUGGCUAUGGAUUGUCGUUCUGGCCCGUGCCCGUGGUGGCUGCUAUUGGCACCAUGGUUUCGGCUGAUAUGGGCGACCCAAAUGGAUACAUCUGGUUUGUGCCUGCAUGGACCAUCUCGAUCACAUGUGCUUUCUUGAUCUUUGGCCCAAACACGGAUCUCCUCGGUCGCCGCUGGUUUCUAGUCUUGGGUAACCUGGUGUGCUUUGUCGGCCAUGUCAUCGUAGCCUCUGCGAAGAAUACGAACCAGAUAAUCGCCGGUCUGGUUGUCUCUGGUUUCGGCGGAGCAAACUGCCAGAUGGCCGCAUUUGCCCUCCCGGAGCUUCUUCCAAACAAAUGGCGGCACAUUGGCGUGGUCAUUGCCGAUUUCACCGUCUACAUCGCCGUGAUUGUUGCGCCCGUCACCGCGCGAUACGGUUACGAGUUUGGUACCUGGGAAUGGAACUUUUGGGGAAUCGCCAUCUUCCAGUGUCUCUCUUCCCUCGGACUGUUGCUGCUCUACCACCCGCCUAAGCACCCUCUCGGUAUUGGUUAUGUAGAGGCUUUCAAAUCCAUAGACUAUGUCGGUGCAUUCCUGUUCAUCGGCGGCGCAGUCCCCUUCCUCAUGGGCAUUGUCUGGGCGGGCGUCUACGACUCCAACGACGCGCACGUCGUCGCCCCCCUCGUUGUCGGCGCAGUCGUCCUCAUCUUAUUCGCCCUCUGGGAAACCUUCGGCAACCUCAAAUACCCCCUCACCCCAACCUACGUCUUCACCAGCUCAUGGGGCCGCGACUUCACCGCCCCCGUGAUCGCUCUCGGCGUCGUCAACAUGUUCUACUACUCCUCCAGCAUCCUCUGGCCACAGAUGAUAACGCUCUUCUACACCAACGGCGGCACGGACUGGGAGUACUCGAUCAUCCUGUCUCUCCCGCAGGGCUUCGCGAUUUUCUUCGGUGCGAUUCUGUUGUCGGUUUUCGGGAGCAAGCUGAGACAUUGGCACUGGCAGUUGACGGGGUCGGUGUUUGUCAUGGUUCUCUUUGGCAGUUUGUUGGGGCUUGUUACGCCGGAUAAUAAGGGGACAAUGAUUGCGUUUCUCUUCCUCUCGCAGGCCGGCUUUGGGUGGGGGCUGUACCUCAGCAUCGCGAUUACGCAGAUGGGGGUUGAGCAUAAGAACCUGGGUGUCAGUGGAGGCAUUUCGGGGUGUAUUCGGUUUGCUGCUGGUGCAGUCGCAACCUCGAUCUACCAAACCGUCUACAGCAAGAGUACGACAAAGUACAUGACCGAGUAUAUCCCGAAAGCAGUCAUCGCCGCCGGCCUGCCCGAGUCCGACGUCCCUGAUCUCAUGGCCGUUGUGACGGGCGGUGCUUCUGCUCUAGCGGAUUACACUCCAGCUGUUGCUGCUGCCGCACAGGCUGCUCUUAGUGAUGCCUACUGCAAGGCUAUCUUCGUGGUUGCUAUGGUCUCCAUGGCCUUUGGGAUAUUGGGUCUAGGUGCUUGUCUGUGCUGCAAGGAUGUGGACUCGAAGAUGACGAACAAGAUUGAAGUCUAUCUCGAGAACACCGACCUCGCCGACCGCAACAAGUACCAUUAAACCACUAUCGCUAUCUUAAUGCAGAUUACCAAAGCCGUUUCUUUUCCCGUGGGCACAGUUCCCAUGCGGGCAAGCAGAGAUGUUAGCGUGGAGUGGCCACCUUGCGGAGUCUGAAGCGAUCAAGAUACAGCGUGGCAAGAGACUUUGUUUCUCCCUACAUGAGUUCACUUACGCACAGCAUGAUUACAUAUCUCUUACAUACCAUUAUAAUGAUGAUACUUACCCCAGUGUACAUACCGGGG